AGAUUAGGAAAACACACUGAUUGAUUGGUUGAACAUUUUAACGUGUGUGUGUUUGUGUACAUUUUUGCUCAGUUUAUUUUGUCAGGACAAUUUUGCAUCGCAUGACAUUGAGUGACAUUGAAUAUAAGAACGGAGUGUUUGGGAGUAAAGCGAUCAUUUAUGAAUUGCUUUGAGUAAACAGAACAGAUUGACACUCUUUACAGUAAUCCGAACACACUGCUUUAGAUUAUAGUGUGCUAAUCUAGAUUAUGGUCAGUUAGACGGAUGUUUUUUUCCCUUCUCUUUAUUAUUACAUUCGACGAGGUAAACCGUGUUAAGACGAUAUUUCAACACUUUAUUUUAUUUGUAAACGUUGAAAUGAAGGACAACGGAGCCAGUCCUCCACCCAGGGAAAAUGAAUGAUAAUGUCCUCCUUAACUCCCGCAUUAAAACCAAUUAGUCAACACAUCAACCUGCGGCAUUCGCCUGCUAGCUCUCGAAGUCUCCACGACCUUAUCUUCGCGUAUUUCGGGUAUUAGAAAGUUAAAACGCGUCUUUUAGAUAAAUAGCGACGCAACACGCAGAAUUUGAAUGAUUUUAAACCGGUUUAAAACUGCCUAGUUUAAGGACAUUAGCAGAAUUCGCCCUGUGUGUUUUGAUAACGCGGAGGCGGAUACGCACAGUUAUGACGUCACCGCGCAGUGGGUGUUGGGAGUCGUAGUUUCAACAAGAGUCGGCCAUCUUGAUCAGGCGACAAAGUGUUGAGAAGAAGGGAAAAUUCCAACGGAUGUCAUUGAUGAUGUAACAGAGAAACCGGUUUACAGCGUUUCAUUCCCAUCUCUGUGAUUGGAGAAAGUGGGUCUUGUGAGACGUCCAGGAUUUCAGUAAGCCCAGUGUGGUGUAGCAGGUCAGAGCCUUGUGUGUGGGACCAAUCGCAUCUGGAACUAAAGGUUUUUAAGCUGCGCACUCUACUUUCUACCGCCUUCUACAAGGAUUUUUACAAGAGAUGUGGAAACUGUUGUAGGCCUGUUCUGGCCAGAGAGAUUUGGGACGUGAGCAUUGUGUUCUGGACCCUUUAAUACUCUCUUCAGCCAUGCAUUUAGAGGUGAAAGUUGCACUGAACUUCAUAGUGUCCUACUUGUACAACAAGCUCCCACGGCGAAGAGCGGAUCUGUUCGGAGAGGAGCUGGAACGAAUCUUGGUGUCACGUUUUGAAGGUCAUUGGUACCCAGAGGCUCCGUUACGUGGUUCUGCCUUCCGCUGUCUUCAUCUUGGGGUCCCUGGGGACCCCGUGGUGGACUUGGCAGCCAGACGGAGUGGGCUGGACAUGGAGGAAGUCCGUGCCAAUGUCCCUCCAGAGCUUAGCAUCUGGAUCGACCCUUAUGAAGUGUCCUAUCAGAUUGGCGAGAAAGGGGCUGUGAAAGUUCUCUACAUGGAGGAUCCGCCAGGUUUGGGUGGUGAACCUGAAGUAUCAGAAUGCUUAGGAGGGCUUUGUAAAGGAGAUGUAGAGCUGGAAGAUGGGAAGAAUUUGGGCUUCAACCCUGACGCUCAGGUCUUUGUGCCCAUAGGUGGCCAAGCAUCACCAGUCAUGCUUCCAUCACUCUCUAAUUCACCCACACCGCUCUGUCAAGGUCUGUUCAGCUACGCAGGUUCCAGUACUCCAACGGAUCCCACUGUGCACUCUAACACCUCCUCUCCAUCUCCACCAAGUACAGGGAUGCCCUACCCUCACCCAGCUGCCCAACCCAGCUCCCGUCCGACUCCACAACAAAUCACCUUCACCACCGCCAGCUUUGCCGCCACCAAGUUUGGCUCCACCAAGAUGAAGAAAUGCAUGGGGAACGGGGUGGUGGGUGGAUCUGGCAGUGUCAGUGCUCCUCAGCAGCGAAUGCUGAGCCAUUCCCCCACCGCAAUGUCCUCCAUUUCACCACCUGGACUGGUGAAGCACAAACCCCUAUCACUCUCCAUGCACUCCCUGGCUGGUCCAGUCUCCAGCCAACUCUCACCCAAUGCCAAAGAGUUUGUCUACCCUGCCUCCCAGGGGCCCCUCUAUUUUGAAGCUGAGGCUCCACACCUGACCCACACUGGCCCAUUCCAGACACCGCUUCCAGGCCCUGCUCACCCACAUGCCACCUUUGAUCCAUUCUCCAGCCAGCCACCAGGCCAUGCUAUGGGUGUCAUGGGAAGCGGCAGUGGAAUUUCUUUCAUGGAGGGUCUGGGGGGCUACAACCUGCAGUACUCUAGCCAAGCUUUCCAACCUGUAGUAUUGGCUAAUUAAGUGUUCAAGAAAGCUUGAAAGAUGUCUUCUGGGAGUUUUUUAAAAAAUUUAUUAUUUUUCCCAACAGUUGUUACUAAUACAUAAAGUUAAGAUGGUGUUAUGACUACUAAAACCACUUGUGAUUUUUGUUUGGGUUUUUAUUUUCCUCCAUAUUGUUCGUAUUCAAGGGUUAUUCUUUUCCUUUCUCCCAAGUCAAUGGGAAAUAACCAGCCUCCUGCCGCACAGAUGUUUUGCAUUGAAUGCUAAUUGGAUCUGGGUGUUCCUCACCAAGGUAUUCUUGUCUCUAGCCUGGCUGAGCAGCAUGAGCUUGUUCCAACACUGCUCUUUCAUGCUGUGAAGAGCUUCAUGCUUCAAUUUAAUCACGUUGAGAGCAAAUAUUUUGUCGGAAGGUUCAGGAAAGCAGAGAGGUUGGGACUUUGCUAUAAGUUGUCUAGUCAAGCCUCACUGUGGAGGAGGGUGAUUGUGUCGACACAUCUUGCAUGGUUUUGUUUUUAUUUUUAUUUUUCAUUCUGUGGUUUGCAUAGUCAGGACACAAUGCGCACUAUGGGUACAGGGCCUAGUUUAUGAGCAGUCAAAGGGGAUAAUGCUUUAAAGCUGUGAAACUGUUCAGGAAGACUGUGUUUCAUAUUCAAAAGCCAUAAAUAUGGUCCAAAGGGGGGUGGGGGGGGGGAGUAGACUAGAUAAAGGCAGUGGCGAGAUGACUGUUAACGUGGUAGUGUCUGUCUCCUGUAGGAAUACAGAGCCAGUGGUGUGUGAAGGUAAGAGGGCAGGACUCGGGUGGAGCAGAAGCUCAUGAUGGAUGGAAUGAUGGGAGUGUGUGUAUGGGCAGCAAGAACCUUUUAGCUGUAGCUCAAAACAUGGCACUUGGAUUGCUAAUCUUGGUGUGCUUUUUGUGAGUUGGAGUUGAUUUUUUGAAUGUGAAUCGAAUUUCUAAUUAAAUGGGUGUUGAAGUCGGAUGCUAUGAUUCUAGGUUUGAACGAUUUACAUUAGACGCAAAUAUCCCGUAACAUCUUAAGCAAACGGAUGUUUGUUCUUUAGGACCCUUUAUAAUAGCAGACUUGGUAAAGUCCACUGAUUCACAAUCGGAUUCAUCAUGGAGGCGGCUGAUAGAAUCUGCCUCCGCUGUCGAUUUGAAAGUGUCCCAAGCGUUCUUGAUAGAUAUCUGCUUAAGCUGCAACUCCCGAACCGUCCUUACCAGGUUCCUCAUGUUACAAGGUCAGUCCAUUUCACGACUACCAUCUCGAGUGGAUUACUUUAUUUCUGGUGGUAAGGGUCCAGAGGUUUGUCAUUUAUGGCUGGUUUAAACUGGAUGUAUUUUUUUACAUUCAUUUGUAAUUUAUUUACGAUUUUUCUAUUAUUUUUUUUCCUGUGCGUUUUUUCAAGAGAGAAUCUAAAGGCAUUUGUAAAAGAUAUUCUAUACGGUAUAUACUAUGACAUGUAUAUAUUUCUUAUGUUAAGAUAUCCUUUAUUUAGUUUCUUAUGUGCUGAGGUUAUUUUUCCAGAAAUAACUUAAAUAUAUUAAAUAUAUAUAAUUAUAUCGAAUUUAAAAAAAAAUAUGCAAGUUGAAACAAAUAAAGUGUGUUUAACAAAGUAUUGUGUAUUGUACAUGUUGUAUGGAAAUUGAAUUGACGGUGGGUAACAAGGUGCGUGUGUGUAAUGUGUGCUUCUCUUUCCAGGAUUUUAAUAAUGACAGCUGGCUGGUUUAAGAGUGGGUUAUUGACCAGUUUGUGUACUCGAAUUCAUUCAUUAGUGCUCGUUUGCAUAAACCAUAGCAGUACAAAUCUCUAGACUCCAAAAUAAAAAAUGCUUGGGAUGGUGCCUGGUCCCUUAUUGCUCCCAGCUGGCUGGAGUAUGACUGCCAAAUGCAAUCAGCUAUUCUAAUAAAGUGUCCCACCCCCCCACAAUCUCCACAUUUAUAACGUUAAGCCUCGCUGAGCAGAGGUCUCGCGUUCUGGUUACCUCGAUGUUCAGGACAGCUGUUGGCUGUGAUUUGAUGUGAGGCUGAGCGUCAUUAGCGCGGCUAAAUCCUUUUACACUAGCUUCCGCUCUCAUUACAUCACCCAAAGCUGAUUUUUAAUUUUUUUAUUUUUCAAAUCCCCAGUGCAAAGCUCCUACCACCCACCCAACACAUCCAACAGUAUCUAAUGACUACCUUUACUAAGCUGGAAUUGUAAUCUGGUCUGCCUCGACUAAAGCCGGUUUUACACAGCAAGAUCUCUGCAGUCUUUCUAAGAUUAACAUUGGUCACACUAACCUUAAAUCCCAAUAAAACCUUAGCAGAAUUCAACAGACUGUCUGCUGUCCAUGUCCGAGUGUACGAUGAAGAUCCUCUAGCGUUAGACCUGCGAGUACUUUUCGCUCACGUGAUCAGUCGGUGCUAUCUGGGCUGGAGUUAGAGGUAAUUAGGAACUCUUACUGUUUGCAUGUUUUGUUUAUGCCAUGGCCAUUACUGUAUUUGUAGCUGCCCAGUAAGCUUUGUAUAAUCUUGUGCUGUCCUCCUAUUGAUGGCCUUUAGAGGAGUAUCCUAGCAGAUUUCAGUGAAACUUCCUCACACCGCCAGAACUUUCGUUCUCGACUGGCUUUGGUCUCUGACAUUAGACCACUCAUCUCAACUCGCAAACCAAGGUUUAAAUCAUUAUUUUAACAGUAUGUGGCUUUCGUGUGCGACAGAAAAAUCAAGUGUAGAGCUGGCUAAAACGUGUCCCAUGUGGUCGUGUUGGUCAAUUUCACGUCGACUGGUUUGGGUUGUUGAACUGGGCUCAUCUUUCUAAUGGUUUUGGGAACCUGGUCCUGAUUAAUUAUGCACAUUCUCAGAAAUAACGGUACCCACCUGUACUUUUCCUUGUUGCUAAGGUAGCUUGUAGCUUUUUAGAGUAAAGCUUUUAAAGGUGGUCCUUAAGCUCUAACUAUAUACUUUUAAAUUCUUUUUAAAGGUUCAAUAAUAUUCACGUUUUUACACAAACACGUGCCCUUGAUGGUACCACCCCAGCACAAGGGAGUGUAGGGUGAUGAGGGUCAGGUUUUCAGCACCAUCGUGACUGGUUGAAACGGGACGUAUUUCACACGUAUCGUUUCGUUAACAUUUUAUUCUGGCUGAAUCUGACCAGCUUUUCAAAUUUCGCCCGUCAUAGUUCAUCAGGACUGGGAUCUCGCAACUGUAUUUAUUUAUUUUUCCUUUCGUAUAGUCUGUAAUGAAGCUCCCGGUACGAAUUAAAGUCACUGCUUUAUCCUGGUUAGCAUUGCUGUGGUUGAAAUGAACUUGUUUAUUUUGUGAAACAGAACUAGGUAAUAAAUUCAUUAGAGAAUCUCACAGGCAGCUACAAACAAGUAAAUGUGGGAGAGGGAUUUAAAAAAAAGUCCUGUACACAUCUCCAUAGUUAGUCUUGUUUAAAUGAGAAAUAUAUUUUCAGCAUUCAUGGAGUUUGUCAGGAAGAGGGGUUAACAUAGGGUAAAGAACUGGUGAAGAUCUGAGUAGAGGAUGCUACUAAAGCGAGUGGAGCUGGCCUGGGAUCUGAUUCCUGGCCAAGAGCAGCAGUAGAUCGCUGCUUCUCCAUAGUACGGGAUUGUAAUCCCUGCUGUCUUUCCACCUGCCACUUCCUGUAGACCAGCUGUGUGGAGAGAAAGCAGGACGCCGUGUUGAUUUUUGCCGUGAAUGUCUCUGUAAGGGUGAGCUGCAGAUGACGAAAGGAUCGACCGAACGUACUGUGAGCGUCCCGAACCGAGCGCGUAUCCAUCACAGGCUGAGGGCGCAGCCGUCUUUUGGCACCGUCUAGUCAAAUAUUUGCAUUUGAGCACUAUUUACGUUCUUCAGAGGUUUAUGCAAAUCUUUUGUUCCAACUUGCCUAAGUGUGGGAACUAGUGCUUGUUUGGCAUUUUUAGCACCUGAGCGACGAAGAAUCCGAGCCAUAGAUGGAGGAUGUUACGAUUCUCAAUGCUACAGAGUGGAAUUAAAAAUUUUUUUUUUUAAAAAGCAGCUUGCUGUUGGGGGUUUAAAUCCCUGACUCACAAAUGCUAAUAUAAUCAACAAUGAAGACCGGCCUCAACAAAGAAUGCAAAGUUGCUGAGAAGUCAUUUGCAUAAUUCUAACAGACUGAAUAAAUUUGCAUUAAUUAUGAACGUUUGCAUGUUUUGGGUAUUAGUUUUAUUGAGAUUUAAUUCUGUGUGAUGAACUUGAAGGAUAAAGAUCAUUUUAGGGUGAAAUUUCCGUUACCAACCUUGCUUCAGGGACGUAUUGGACCAUGUCUGAGGUUUUUUUUUUUUUUUU